CCGUGUCUGAUUCUGAGGUGAAAGAACGCACCUGAACCAACAGGAUGGACCUGGUUCUGGACGUGGCGGACCGGUUCUUCUUCACGCCGUACGUGUACCCGGCGUCAUGGCCCGAGGACGAGCCGCUGAGGCAGAUCAUCGGCCUGCUCAUCGUGACCAACCUGGGCGCCGCCGUGCUCUACCUGGGCCUGGGUGUCCUCAGCUACUUCCUCGUAUUCGACCACAACCUCAUGAAGCACCCACAGUUCCUACCGAACCAGGUUCGGCGUGAGAUUAAGUAUGCGAUGACAUCUCUGCCCUGGAUAAGCCUUCCGACUGUGGCGUUGUUCUUUGCAGAAGUCCGGGGAUACAGCAAACUUUAUGACAACGUUCACGACUCACCCUUGGGUUGGUCGGGGCUGAUCUUCAGCAUGAUCUCUUUUCUCUUCUUCACUGACGGGUGCAUCUACUGGAUCCACCGCUUCCUCCAUCACAGACUCAUCUAUAAGCACUUCCAUAAGCCGCACCACGUGUGGAAGAUCCCGUCUCCGUUCGCCAGCCACGCGUUCCACCCGGUGGACGGCUUCCUGCAGGGCCUGCCCUACCACAUCUACCCCUUCCUGUUCCCCCUGCACAAGGUGCUCUACCUGGGCCUGUACGUCUUCGUCAACAUCUGGACCAUCUCCAUCCACGACGGAGACUACCGCCUGCCCGGCGCCCUGCAGCCCGUGGUCAACGGCGCCGCCCACCACACGGACCACCACCUCUUCUUCGAGUACAACUACGGCCAGUACUUCACGCUGUGGGACCGCAUCGGCCGCUCGUACCGCCACCCGUCGGCGCUGGAGGGCAAGGGCCCGAUGGACUGCGUCCGCAGGAUGAUGGAGGGCGGGCGGGGGAGCGAGGAGCGUGGCACGUGCAGAGGAGGAGGGGGAGGAGCCAAGGACAAGGGGGCGUAGAGCAGAGGGCUGUGUCACGUCGCCACGGAGAGAAAGUGGAAUUGAUCGUGGUGUCCAAUAUUCUAACAUGUGAUUUAAUGCUCUGUGUUAAACCACAUACACCAUGGACACAGGUCAACAGAAACACAGAAUCACUUUAUAGUCUCAUUCAUUACCCAGCCCCAGGAGAAGUUUAGACACACACACACACACACACACACACACACACACACACACACACACACACACACACACACACACACUGUGGAGAGGUGUAGGAAGAGGAAAGCACGUAGGGACACUGCAACAGAGAAUGUCUCUGUGAUGGGGAACUGAUAAGCUGUCAGAUGAAAGUUAAACUAGUUGAAGGAGUUAAGUUUUCUUUUGAAAGUUGAUUUCAAAACAUCCUGAACUUUAAAUUGUCACUUCUGUUCCCCCUUGACCAAUCAGUUUUUAAUUACUGUGUAAUUGAUUCAGUCAGUCAGUUAAAGGUCCCAUAACCAAUUUUAGACACCCACACGGUAUGACAGGCUUGUGCUGAGACCAGCUGCGAUCCUGUAAGGCUGUAAUGAUGUUUGUUCCCUUGGUGAUGAUGACAAAUCUUCUGUUGCCUUCUUGGUGCAACAUGACCAAGCUGAGUGUGUUUAAGGAUGCAUGGUAUAUCAGGUGCCUCUUCACAUGCGUGCACACACACACAAACACACACACACACACACACACACACAAACACACACCAGCUUGCAUGAGGACACCAAGGGUAUCAGGUAUUCAGAACCGGUGGAGGGUGUAGAACUUUAACAGGUUUGGGGAACUUUACAAUCUACCCUGGAAGCAGGGGGAGUGGGAGGGCAAAUAUUUGGACUUUGUGUUGUGUCCACACACACAUGCACACACUGACACACACACACACACCCACACACACACAUGCACACACACGAGUUGAUUUUCCUAGAUUUUGCGAUGCACUGAGUGCUGUUGCCAAAUGUGAUGCCAUAAGGACUGGACUUCCGUCUUUGUGUUUGUGAUGUUUCUCCUAAUAGUCGGGAUACGUAUAAAGCCAGCAUAAACAUUUCAGUUAAACAGGGUGGUUAAAUAUCAGACCGGGAUAAACAUUACAGUGUUCCGGUACACAAAGGAAAGAAAGGGAAUUGCGAGUGGAAAUGAUUUGUUGACGGUUUUUAUGUUUUAUUUUUUUCAGGUGUGAACUUUUAUUAUCGAUUAAAAUGAUGCUCAAUUGCCAAGCCACUUCUUUCAUUUUCAGUUGGCUAUGAGGACCAGGUUGGAAGAGUGAUGUUUUAGAAUGUCAGAUUAUGUUGCUUUUAAUCUUUUAGAGAUUCAGAGAUUAACGGUCAUGUGAGUUUGGCUCCAGUCCAGACUAACAGAGCGGUUGUUUUCAUUUCUCCCUGUGCUGUUGGGAACGUCAGGCAUGGAGAAAAACAUACUUUUAAAUAAAGUCAAGAAAAACUA